AUGAGCAAUACGAUAGAGAUAUCCGAUAUUGUCAAGAUAGAGAGGGUUGGAAUCCAUUCUCACAUCAGAGGUCUGGGUUUGGAUUCCAAACUGAACCCGGACUAUGAAGGUGACGGUUUAAUCGGACAAACUCAGGCUCGUCGAGCUGCAGGGGUUGUCUUGAAUAUGCUAAAGGAAGGUAAAAUAGGCGGACGCGCGAUUUUACUCGCGGGACAACCUGGCAGUGGAAAGACUGCCAUUGCUAUCGCAAUAUCCAAGGCGUUGGGACCGGAUACACCAUUCACUCAUUUGAGCGCCUCUGAGGUCUACUCGCUGGAAAUGUCCAAGACGGAGUCGCUGAUGCAGGCCUUCAGGCGUUCCAUAGGCCUGCGUGUGAAGGAAGAGACGGAGGUGAUUGAGGGUGAAGUCACGGAGCUCGAGAUUGACAAACCUUCGCACUUUGCCAAGGAUCCUUCGCUCGGAAACAAGCCACAGACGGGUGUGAUUGGCAAGAUGAGCAUGAAGACAACAGACAUGGAAACCCUGUACGAUAUUGGAGGAAAGCUGAUAGAUGCUUUGAAAAAGGAGCAUGUAACAGUCGGAGAUAUUAUACAAAUUUGCAAGAGCUCCGGUAAAAUUACAAAACUGGGAAGAGCCUACUCUCAUUCCUACGAUUACGAUGCAAUGGCUCCACACACUAAAUUCAUGCAGUGUCCGUCGGGAGAAUUGCAAAAGAGAAAGGAGAUUGUACACACUGUUUCUCUGCACGACGUUGAUGUUAUAAACUCGAGGGCCCAGGGGUUCCUAUCCCUUUUUGCCGGUGAUACCGGUGAAAUAAAGAGCGAGAUUCGCGAACAGAUUGAUGCAAAAGUCAGUGAAUGGCAAGAUGAUGGUAGAGCUGAGAUCAUCCAGGGCGUACUUUUUAUAGACGAGGUCCACAUGCUCGAUAUAGAAUGCUUCUCCUUCCUUUGCAGGGCUUUGGAGAGCAAUAAUUGUCCGAUUGUAAUAAUGGCUACAAAUAGGGGUAUUACCAGGGUCAGGGGCACGGAUUACAAGUCCCCUCACGGCAUUCCCCUGGACGUCCUGGACAGGGUUUUGAUUAUUCCAACGUUUCCCUACCAGCCGGAAGAUACGCGAUUGAUUAUCAAGGAGAGGAGUCUCGAGGAGGAUGUGAAUUUGGACAAGGAGUCGCUAGAGUUGUUGGUGAAGAUUGCAAGUGACAUUUCCCUGAGAUAUGCACUGCAACUCAUCACUGCGAGUAACCUUAUAAGACUACGAAAAGGAGGUGGUCCUGUAACUUGCGAUGACAUCAAGCGUGCCUUUAAUCUCUUUAUAGACGCCAAAAGAAGCACCAAAUACCUCAUUGAAUUCCAACACGACUACAUGUUCUCUGAAAUUGUCACGGAAGCUGACAAUAAUGCAAUGGACGAGGAUAAAUGA